UAUGUUCGUUUUUUGUAAUUUGCUGCCCACAUUUAGUUAUCAUUUUGCUAUGUGAUUUUUUAUUUUUAAAGCGUUUGGUUGAUAACUGGUUAAACAUCGCUACGCACGUGUCACAUCAGUAAUAAAUAAAUUUAUAAAGUUUUGCUAUGGGCGCUAAUAAAAUGGGUAGUCAAAGUGGCAAAGGCGUAAAAAGGAAACGUAAAUUUCAAGGGCCUGUUGGACAAGAUGAUCCCGAAUUCGAUUUGAAGAAAAAACACUUGGAGACUACACAUAUUCGAGCAUUGGAAAAACGUCUAAUAAUUGUUUUGGAGGGUGCACAAUUGGAGACGGUGAAGGUGGGUAGGGUCUUCGAACUGCUUAACUGUGAUGAUCACCAAAACAUUUUACGGAAAAACAAUCGUGACCCUGGUAAAUGCCGCCCAGACAUAACUCAUCAAUGCUUGUUAAUGCUAUUCGACUCACCUUUGAACCGCGCCGGUUUGUUACAGGUGUAUGUGCGCACUGAAAAUAAUGUUCUAAUAGAAAUCAAUCCACAAACGCGUAUACCACGCACGUUUAAACGUUUUGCCGGCUUAAUGGUACAGCUGCUGCACAAAUUCUCUGUUCGCGCUAAUGACACCUCCGCAAUGUUGAUGAAGGUUAUAAAGAACCCUAUAACUGAUCACCUGCCAGUGGGCUGUAAAAAGUACGCCAUGUCUUUUUCCGGCAAACUCAUUGCCAACUGUCGGGAUUUGGUGCCAAAAGUGCAAAAGAAUGGAGAAAACACAGACGAGCUUGCCGAGGAACCCCUAGUACUGAUUGUGGGUGCUUUUGCGCAUGGUGUUUUAAAUCCUGACUACUCAGAGGGCAUAUUUUCUAUAAGCAAUUAUCCACUAUCAGCUGCCAUUGCGUGUAGCAAGCUGUGCAGUGCUUUUGAGGAAGUUUGGGGAGUUGUGUAGUAUUGUAUUAUUCUAAUAAAUACAGCUUACUUAGUAAUUAAGUAAAAUAAAAGAAAAUUGAAUCUACAAAAUA